AUGGGAAUUAUCAAUCCAAUACACUAAUUCGAGGAUCCCAGAAUCAUUAAAAAUGAAGCUAAAUAAAAAGAGCAGGAAUGGUAUGCUUAAAGGAUGAAAUAAAAAUAGAGACCAAAACCAGAAGAUCCAUUAGUUGAACCCUAAGCAGAUUUGGUUUUUUAUGCAAAUAAAAUCGAGCUGAAGAAUGCCUUAAUUUUAAACUUUAGUAUUCCUCCAAUGUUGGAGAAAGAAAGACCUUUAAUGUAAGAUCAUCUAACCAAUAUAUAGAAGAUUUUCAAGAAGAGAAGAAUUCAGAAGAAUCUUAGAUGA